CACUCACUGCACGCAGCAGAUAGACUUCCCGAGAGCAGGAAAACCUUGACAAGUCGGAGAUGUUGAACGAAAGUUUGACAUCAUAAACAACAUCAUUUCACUCCUCGAGUUAAGUUCAGUUCUCUACGUACCUAGUUCAGGCCGUUCUUUUUCUCACUCACCGCGCAUCUGCUAUGCUAGCUAGCUAGCGAUUUCAUCCCAUGCUCGACGGCCCGCGAAGAGGGGCUCAGCUGCACCACCAGCCAGCACUGCACGGCACCACCAAACAGCGGAAACCUGGAAAUACCUGCUGCUCCAAUUCCUCCCUCCUGCGAGUCUUUCCUCCUGCAGAUGACAACCCCCCACGGCCCAAGCAGAUCCACAGCUCCUCCUCCUCCCGCUGCUGCUCGUCGCCUCCAUCCCAUUCACCACAAUGCGCACAAUAUAGGAAGCAGAGAUAUCCCACUCUCUGUUCUUCCUUCAACAUCCCACGGGCAUGACUCACGUCACGACUCGAAUGAUUCAGACGACAACGACGACGACGACGACGACGACGACGACGAACUCGAUCCUGAAUCGAACGCGGCCCUCCUCCGCAGACAUAUACGAGACUCGGCCGACGAUGAAGAAUCGAGUCCAACGGAAUACAUAAGUCCAUUCCGGCGUUUGAUGGGACUGAUGUCCAAGGCACCUCUCCUCUUGCGGUCGUCGCCAGGCUUUGGGACAGGCUCAUACGGUGCCGCUCCCAUCGGUGCCUCCACAGAGAACAGUGAUGAGGAGGACCAUGAUGGUCGGAGGCCCACGAAGAAGCAGAAGGGUUCAGGGUUGCGGAAUGCCAUCAGCUCGACGACACUAGGCACAACAAGCUCAGGGAGCACACGGCGAAGAACCUCGAAUGCCAGAAGACGGCCCUCGACGGAGGUGGAGGAUGUAGCUGACGAUAUUGGCUUGGAGAGCAGAUGUGCCAGCGGCGGAAUUCCUAUACCAAACACAGAACAACCCUCAGAUACAGACUCUCCAGACUCUUCAUCCGAAGAAGCCGUCGACGAUGCGUCUACCUACAACGAAGAAGAUCCACCGGAUAAUUCUCCAUAUCCCCAAGUUCGCGCCUCCGUGUCUGCCGUCGACAACACAACGCUAUCGAUCAAUACCCCUCGAAUGUGGGCAUUGUCCAUGCUCUUUGCGAUCCUUGGAUCAUCUUCAAAUCUUUUCUUUUCGUUACGAUACCCCAGCGUUUCCAUUACUCCAGUCAUAGCAUUGUUACUUACACAUCCUCUUGGUCGUCUCUGGGACGCUGUGCUCAAACGACUGGACGAUCCAUCAGAAGUGUUUAUAGACGGCUCCAAAAGCCAGACAUCCUCUAAUGAUACCACGAAUUACGAAUCACACGACGCACAGCGAAAGAUCCCCGACAGCAGAUCCAGGAGAUUGCGGCUAUGGUUGGCACAAGGAAGCUGGAAUGAGAAGGAGCAUAGUUGUGUAUACAUCAGCAGCAAUGUCUCUUUUGGCUUUGCCUUUGCUACGGAUGUUAUUGUGGAGCAAACACAAUUCUACAAUCAGAAAGUGAGCAUUACGUACCAACUGCUGCUCAUACUUUCAACCCAGAUCCUGGGAUACACAUUUGCUGGCUUGACUCGAAGGUUUCUGGUACGACCUGGAGGAAUGAUCUGGCCUGGCACCUUGAUGUCAGCAGCUAUGUUCACGACUUUGCAUAAGGAAGAGAACACAGUGGCCAAUGGGUGGAAGAUUACCCGUUGGAAGUUCUUCUUCAUUGUUUGGUUAAGUUCAUUCCUCUUCUACUUCCUGCCGGGACUUCUCAUGCCAGCAUUGAGCUAUUUCAACGUCAUUACUUGGUUUGCCCCUGACAACGUCGUUGUUGCCAAUCUGUUCGGUGUUGCUUCUGGACUUGGCCUUUUCCCAGUAACUUUCGACUGGGCUCAGAUCGCCUAUAUUGGCUCCCCGCUUUUGACGCCAUUCUGGGCCGCUAUGAAUGUAGUAGGAGGUCUUGUCAUUGUCAUGUGGAUCGCUGCACCUAUCGCAUAUUAUAUGAAUGUGUUCUCCUCUUCUUAUAUGCCAAUUCUAUCGUCUGCAGUUUUUGACAACACUGGGGGGAUCUACGAUGUUAGCAAGAUCUUGACUCCAGACUUUCUGUUCGACAGAGAAACGUAUCGAAAUUAUAGUCGAGUGUUCUUGCCAAUCACAUAUGUCCUUAGUUAUGGCUUACAAUUUGCGGCUCUCGCGUCUCUCUUGACGCAUACUGCUUGUUGGCAUGGGAAGGACAUCUGGAAGCAGUGGAGGAGGUCCCUGAAAGAAGUUGAAGGAGAAACAAAAACCACCUACAAGCCCUUGUCGAAUGGCGGUUCUUCAGGCGAUGGCAGACCUGGGCUGCACAGAUCUGACUCGCACAUGGAAAACAUAAUCAGCCAGGAGGAUGUACACAAUCGGCUGAUGAGGAGAUACAAAGAUGCACCAUUGAGCUGGUACUUGGCCACAUUUGUGACCAUGACUACGGUGGGCAUCUUUGUCGUAGAAUACUAUCCAGUACAUCUCCCCUGGUAUGGGUUACUUCUCGCUCUUGGCAUCUGCGCCAUUCUAUUCAUCCCAAUCGGCAUCGUCAUGGCAAUCACAAAUCAACAUAGCAGUAUCUAUCUUAUCUGCCAACUCGUAUGCGGAGCCGUUUUCCCUGGUCGACCAGUUGCGAACAUGGUCUUCGUUACCUACGGCUACAUCUCAUCAGCUCAAGGAAUCAAAUUCUCUGCUGACUUGAAGCUUGGACACUACAUGAAGAUCCCGCCUCGAAUCCUCUUCUCUGUUCAGAUGGUCGCUACCAUUGUCUCCUCCGUCACGCAGAUUGCAGUUCUGAAUUGGAUGUUCGCAAAUGUCCCAAAUAUCUGCACGCCGCAAGCUGUCAACGGAUUUGUUUGCCCCAUUGCUAGGGUACAUUUCAACGGUAGUAUUCUCUGGGGUGUUGUAGGACCUGGCGAAUUCUUCGGCAAGAAUGCCACAUACCAUAUACUCGUCUGGUGCUUCCCGGUUGGCGCUAUCGCUCCCAUUAUCUUGUGGCUAUACGCCAGGAAUAAGAAGGGCAAUAUCGUCAGGAAGGUCAACCUUCCAGUUCUAUUUGGCUCCCUGAGUUGGAUUCCACCUGCGACUGGCCUCAACUUUUCUGUUUGGGCUGUUGUCUGCUAUAUCUUCAAUUAUGUCAUCAAGAACCGAUACACCGCAUGGUGGGCAAAGUACACGAUGACUUUGAGUGCCGCACUGGACAGUGGACUGGCAUUUGGGUUGGUGAUUGUAUUUUUCGGAUUCGUAUAUUCGGGAUUGAUGGCAGGAUUUAAGUGGUGGGGUACGGAGAUCUUCAAGCAGGGUUGUGAUUGGAAUGCGUGUCCCUACAGAAUUGUGCCUAAUGGGUCACAUUUUGGUCCAGAUACGUGGUGAUGCGAGUUUAAUUCACGCAACACCUUAAGAAUAGACUCGAAAAUGGCAACUCGAUCACAGCAGCUCCUUCCCUUUUUCUGUUUCCACUAUUGUGCGUCGCUAUGUUUAUUCCCAUGCUCCUUUUCCCCUUGGUGUACAGUAUCUUGAGCUUCGGAAGCCAACGGUUAGUGAGACGAGUUUUGAACCUCUCUUGGGAGAACUUGAACAACAGAUCUACUCUGCAUCUGCCUUUGAAAGUCAAGCUUAGCCCGAGCCAUCUUUGGAUUUAUAAGGUUAAUAAUUGAAUAGAGUAAGUUGGGACAGAUUGCUUCACUCGGAAAUUGAACCGGCUUUAGUUUUUCAUGGGUAAUCAUUGCAUCUCAAAUAAAUUUCAAGGCAUAUCC